AUGUUGUGGGAUGAGCUACUCGAUCAUGGAGAUGAAACUUUCGAUAUCUCUUUCCCACCUGUUUAUAAUGUACACCCUUCCCUCACGCUGAAUGCCGCUAUUGUACAAACUUGCGACAAUCAGGACAGCGCACUGUCUGAUUCCCUCGUAGACUGCGAGAUUACUCGAGACACAGAUGCGGGCCACGCACGAUUUGCCGAAUACGUGACGAGCAAGACAGUCUCUCACCUGAAUGAUGCUGUAGAGCAUUUUCAGUUGGUUCUAAACCAGUGUCCAAUCGACGGCCCUGACCACGCAAUGGCUCUCACUAACCUCGCGUAUGCGCGCCUUCAAGGGUAUAUUUGCAAUGAUCUUCAAGGCAUCGACUUCACCACUUCCCUCUUCCGCGAGGUCCUUGCAUUACGUCCGCAGGGUCACCCCGAUCACCCAUUAGCCCUCUAUAAUCUCAUUAGAGCAUUGAUAUGGCGCAACAGUAAGGAGCCUACCGCCGUCUACAUCCACGAAUUCGCAGAACUGUGCUGCAAGCUCCUGCCCCUCUGUUCAGAGGGCACCUACUUUCGUAGAAUCGGCGUAGACAAUGCAGUCAACUAUGCUAUCGGCGAAUGCAACGAUCUUCCAAUAGACGCAUCUAAUGAAGGCAUCUACCUUCGACGAAACGUGCUCGAGCUCUGCCAUGUGGGCCAACAACACCGUCCAAAAGUACUUGACAAACUUUCAUGGGCUCUCAGAUCACGCUUUACACAGCGCGGCAACAUUGAUGAUUUAGACGAGAGCAUACAAUUUCGUCGUGAAGCCGUGUCUCUGUGCCCCGAGGGACAUCCUGACCGCCACGACUACUUGAAUAACUUGGCCGUUUCACUUGGUCACUAUCGCUUCAUUCACCAAGGCAAACUUAAUGACCUUAAUGAGGCCAUUUCUUUGCACGAAGAAGCGCUGCGCCUGCGUCCUGUUGGGCACAUAUCUCGUGACGUCUCAUUGGACAACCUAGGGGUCGCCCUCCUCGCCCGUUUCAACAAACACCAUGAUAUCGAUGACAUCGACAAAGCCAUCAGCUUCCAUCGCGAGGCACUGACGUCGUGUCCACCUUGGGAUCUCCGUCGUGACACCGUGCUUAACAACCUCGCGCUCGCGCUCAAAACCAGAUAUGGAGAGUUGCAUGUCAAGGAGGAUCUUAACGAGGCAAUCGAUCUGUUUCGCGAAUCCAUUCAAAUAAGGCGACAUGACCAUCCAGAGCGCCAUAUAAAUCUUCGAAAUUUGAGCUCGGCGCUCUGCUCUCGUUUCACGCAAACUCGGACGGAUGAAGAUAUUGAGGAGGCCAUUAAUCUGUGCCAAGAAUCAUUAGCGGCUUUGCCUUCUCUGCACCCUGACAUGUAUCUCAACUACAUGCGGCUGCAGGAAACCUAUCUGUCUCGUUACCAAGUGCGACACAACCAUGUCGAUCUGUCACUCGCUAUGGAGAACUUCAGAUUGGCAUCGAGACACCCUACUCAGGGCUUACCAUACCGCAUCAUAACAGCCCGGAACUGGGUCGCCGCAGCAGAGCGGUACAAUCAUACAUCUGCGCUGGAGGCCUACAACACUUGUUUCGACCUUCUUGAUGGUCAUCUGGCAACGCGAUCAUCGACAAUUUCACGACGCGAAGCUGCCGCUGCAUUUAGUAGUGCCAGAUCGCUGCCUGUAGAUGCAGCAUCAUGUGCCAUCCGUCGUGACGAUCUACGACGCGCAGUCGAACUCGUGGAGCAGGGUCGUGGCCAACAAUGGUCCUUGGCCUCUCGCCUACGGAGUCCACUUGAAGACCUCGAGUCGACGAAUUCUUACCUAGCUCACACAUUCUCGGAGCUCAGCAAACACCUUUCAGAUGCUCAGUAUUCCGCAGGUAGUACAGACAGAGCUGCUACCGAUCGGGCAACAACAGAGUAUAUGAGACUUACAAGGCAAUGGGAAGCUGCGGUAGCUGAGAUACGUAAUCUUCAAGCGUUCUCGCGAUUCUUGCUUCCGCCGUUGUAUGCAGACUUGCAAGCAGCAGCCCGCCGGGGCCCGGUCAUCAUCCUCGUUGCUAGUGAAUAUUCGUGCAGCGCCAUCAUUCUACCGACAUCAGGAGAGCCCCAUCAUGUUCCUUUACCAUCUAUCGCUCUCACCGAUCUGCAGACUCUCAAGGAUCGCUUCACCAGGGCAAUACGACAAGCAUCUCGGAUGAACCCAAAAGAUUCGAGGAUGGAUCUAAUAGUACUCUUGCGGAUAACAUGGGACGAGAUCAUGCUACCCAUCGUCAACAUACUCGAGCACGUCCUUAAACUAAAGCGCCGCUCUCGAAUCUGGCUGUGUCCAACUGCAGCUUUCACGUCUAUUCCUCUCCAUGCAGCUAAUCCCUUUCUAACAAAGGAAGAUCGCUCUGGGAAGGAGCCAUGUCUGGAGGAUCUCUAUAUCUGUUCUUACACACCGACACUUUCUGCUCUGAUCAGAUCUAGACGGAUGAUGAAACAAUGUAUGCCUCCGUCCUUUGUGGCGAUCGGACAAGGUCAACCGGGUGCAAGGAAAGGCAAGGCGCUCUUGGCUGUUGACAGCGAGCUCGAGCUUGUACGGAAGCUUGUCCCUGCGACGGCCAAGCGUACCACUAUUUCUGGCGACGCAGCCACGCGAGCAGGUGCACUCGAAGCUUUGCAAGAGAACACCUGGGUGCACCUUGCUUGUCAUGGCAAGCAAGACCCUACGCAGCCUUACAAUUCCCAUUUCGUCAUGAGAGAUGAUCAUCUGACGCUGCUUGAUAUUAUGAAGAGAGAUAUUUCGCAUGCCGAGUUCGCAUUCUUGUCGGCGUGUCAUACCGCCGUCGGCGAUAAGGAGACGCCCGACGAAGUCAUUCACCUCGCAGCUGGUCUCCAAUUUUCGGGGUUCAAGAGUGUCAUUGGUACGCUGUGGGAAGUCGACGACGCUGUCGCAAAACACGUUGUCGAAGCGUUCUACGAGAACAUGUUCAAAGAUUCGAAGGAUGGCACCAUGGACUGUACAAAGGCGGCUUGGGCACUCAACUGUGCUACACACGCGGUGAAGACAAAAGUGCCCCUCGAGCAGAGGAUGGUUUUCAUUCAUAUCGGUGUGUAG